AUGACGGACUUUCACCCAUUACGAUCUGCAAAUGAUAGAGGCUCAAAGAACUGGGAGCAACUCAACAAAAUCGCGGAAAAGCGAGCAAAAGAAGCCUCUCCCGCAACAAUGCCCUCCUUGGAUCAUGCCACAAUGAGUGACUAUGGCCAAGUCUACGAACCAAGCGACGACACCUACCUGUUGAUUGAUGGGAUUCAGUCUGAUCUCACGGAGAAUCAGUCUAUUGCAAAAUCUGCGAGAACAAUACUAGAAUUGGGAUCAGGAAACGGGGUUCCCAUUACCUUUUGCAGCAAGCUUGUGCCAUCGGCUUUGGCCAUUGCAACCGACAUUAAUCCCAAUGCACUUGCAUUCACAAAGAAAACUGCCAUGGAGAACAAUGUGACCAAAUUGGAAACGAUACAAUGCGAUCUGGCAACACCGCUACUUGAAUCCUGCAAACAGCGAAUUGACAUUAUAAUAUUCAAUCCGCCUUAUGUCCCAACACCCGAUGAAGAGGUUUCUGGAAACGGAAUUGAAGUCAGUUGGGCAGGAGGUGAGCGAGGAAGGCUAGUUGUCGAUCGUGCAAUACCUCAGAUUGCUCAUUUACUAUCGGAAAAUGGGGUAUGCUACAUGAUUACAGUAGAUGACAAUGAGCCAGAAGAAAUAUCCAAAAUGUUCGAUGCCCUUGGAAUAAAAAUGUUCCCCCUGGUACGAAGGCGGGCCUACAAUGAGUACCUGAGUGUUCAGAAACUUGUACGGAAGAAGCAAACUAAGCCAUAG